UGUUGGGGAUGGGAUUUGCAUUUGGGAUAUUCCCUCCAAUGACGGUAGUUGUCGUAGUCGUGAGGCUCGUUCGUAGAGAUGCGAGAAUCUAGGUGGUUAUGGCCGUUAACAUUUGCUUAUCAGCGAUAAGAAUACGUGGGUCACAAUCAAAAUCGCGAGAUAGGACCAGCAUUUGUCGUCUUCCAAAUAUAGGGCCUGCAGCGCCAUCGACGUCCCCGCGAAAGAGGGGCAGGUACCGAGAAGAAAAGUAGCGGCAGAUCACAGGGUGCCGUACCUCAUCCAGACUCGUCUCCUCAAUCUCGCCGAGCAACCCCGCGCCGACGCGAGAUGCAGCCGCGGCCUCCAUCAGCAGAUUGCCUCUUUUCCCCAAAAUGACGCCACCCUGCCACAGCUUCCCGGCGCCGCAGCUGCCGCAAAAGGUGCAAGCCGACGUCAAUGGCCGGAAGAGGAAGACAGCCGAUGGGCGCAAUGUCGACCUGAAGGGUUGCGAGCUGCUGGGGCUGAUGCAGUACAGCUGCUCGGUCGACCGCCCGGAAGUGCGGGAUAGCCCGGUACGCUGCUGGCCUGUUCAGAGGUGGUUUCGACGAUGUCAGGACAAGAAUGGCCAAUUUACUGUCGAAACUACCGCUUGGGAAGGCAGCGGCAGCAGCAGCGCCACCAACCCAGCAACCGGAACCGCAUCACAAACGGGCGAAUCACACAUUGAUCACUGGACGCCUAGUUGGCAGAAUGCCGGCAACCCACCACCCAGAAUUGAACCGUGAAAUAAUAUCUUUCUCAUCCCGAAUGCCUCGUCUACUUGGGUGUGUCUGAUAUGACGCUCUCCUCGAUAAAAUGCUCCCCCGACCAAUCAGAUAUAGUGGGGUGUUCGCUACAUCUAGUACUACGGUCGGUUUUGAAUUGGGUUAUAUGGCCUCAGCAGACCUUGGAACCAGUGCGUCCACAAAUGCUGCGGGCCAGUGGAAGGAGUAUUUUGAAGGCGGACGUAGCUUAGUUGCAAGCUACCUCUAUCCUAUCAAUACAACAUCGACCCCUCCCUUUCUCCAGCGUGCUUGCUCGUGCUUCC